AUGGAUACCGAGACGGAACCGCUUCGUGUCAAGGCCACGGGCUUUAAGAGGCGCCACUAUGUGAAGCUCUCGGCGCUCCGCCGCUCCCCCGAGCCCAAGCGACCGCCGGGCAGCAUGGCGGAAGCCCCGCUGGUGCCGCGGACGGCCAGCGGAGGCGGUGGCAGCGGAGCAGUGGAUGGGGGGAGCGGAGGCGCGGGGUUGGGGGGAGCCGACAAAGAGGGCGAGCAGGCGUCGCGGAGCGCGUGUCCAUUUGUGGCGCCGACGCUGGCGUUUCUGGUGGCUCGGCGGCGCGCGGUGCUGGUGUGCGCUUCGGCGCUUUGCGCGGCGGUGGCGGCGGGGCUGUUCUGCCUGGUGUACUUCCUCCACCUCGCCUCCUACCAGGUGCCGCGCGCGUGGCGCCUCGCACGCACAAGGGCUCCGUUGAAGGGGGGGCUGGGCAACAGGGUUGGGGCAGAGGGUGGUUGGGAGAAGGGGGAGUCGCUGUCAUCGCAGUGUGCGCUGUGGGCGCACGAGUUGGGCAGUGCACUGCAAUCAUCGCUAGGAGGGGUGCGCGCGCUGGGGGACACGCUCACAGUGCUGCACGCAGCCGUGGACCAGGUAGCAGAGGCGGGGGCGAGUGGGUGGGGGCAGGGGGCGAGCGCCAUGGGGUACGCGCUCUCGCUCAACCACUCCUCGCGCGCCGCCCUCCAGAACCGCUUUCUCAACGCCACCUUCACCACCCCUCACAUUCUCUCCUCCCUCAAGUCACAUUCCCCUCCCCCCUCAGUCUCUCCCCCUUUCGCAUUCUCUCUUCUCUUCACAUUCUCUCCUCCCCUCACAUUCUCUCCUCCCCUCACAUUCUCUCCUCCCCUCACAUUCUCUCCUCCCCUCACAUUCUCUCCCUCCUCGCCUUGUCGCCUCUCCUCAGUAGCUCCGAAUGUGAGUGGAGAGUGCGUGCCUCAGCAGCAGCACUACCUGCCACUGCUCCACUACUCGCCCACCCUCGCCACCAUCCUCUCCCACCUCGCCACCGCCAACAGCAGCACAAGUGGCGUGGGGGCGGCUUAUGUUGGACUGGACAUGCUUUCUGGUGUGUGUGGUGAAGAGGGGGGAAAGGUCCCCCAGCUGGGUCCCGCGGUUGCCCUCUCGGCGCUCUCCGCCCUCUCUGCCCGCCUGCCCUGCACCCUCUCCCCACCCUUCGCCCCUCGCUUCCCCUUCCCUGACAACUCCUCCUCCGCGCCCACCUCUGCCCCCACACCCACCACCAUCACCUCCUCCUCAUCGACCAGCAGCAGCGACCAACCGAGGUCGUUUCCUGCUAAUACAUCUUUGGCAGCAACAGCAGCAGCAGCAGCAGCAGCAGCUCAGUCGCCUGCGGAGCAGCAGCAGAGAGCAGUGGUGGCAUCAGUGCCCGUGUAUGGACGAGCCAUGCCGCCCAACGCCACGUCAGACGAGAUGCAAGCAGCAGUGGUAGGAUUCGCGUUUGCAGUGGCUGACAUGCAGCUCGCCCUCUCACAGCUGUCUCAGGCGCCGUCCAGCAGCAGCAGCAGCUGUGGGUCAGCGGCGCUGCUGCUGCAGCUGCAGGACACCACGGCCGCCACCACCACGCUCGUCCUCGCACAGUAUCCCCCGCUGCAGCCCCCCGCCAUGCCUGAGGCGCCCUCGUCCUUCCCUGCAGCGCACGCCGUGCCUCUGCCGGCAGUGGGCCGCCAGUACACCCUCGCCUGCAGGUACCAGUCACGGCCGUUCCCGUACAUGGCGGUGGUGUGGCCGUGUGUGGCGGUGGCGGGGGCGGCGCUGGUGGUGGCGGUGGUGUAUGUGGUGGCGGGGGAGGUGGUGCGCGUGGAGGGCGACCUGCAGCGCAUGGCGGCGCUCAAGGAGCAGAUGCGCGCCGCCAAGGUCGCUGCUGAGGCCGCCAGCCGCGCCAAGGGCACAUUCCUCGCCACCAUGAGCCACGAGAUCCGCACUCCCAUGAACUGCGUCAUCGGCAUGCUGAACCUGCUGCUGCAGACGCCCUUGGACGCGGUGCAGCUGGACUACGUGGAGACGUCGCGCACCAGCGGCAGGGCGCUCUGCUCCCUCAUCAACGACAUCCUCGACCUCUCCAAGAUCGAGGCGGGGCGGAUGGAGCUGGAGAGCAUGAGGGUGGACGUGAGGGCGGAGAUAGACGACGUGCUGAGCAUGUUUGUGGAGCGCACGCGCAACAAGCCGCAGGUCGAGGUGGCGGCACUCGUGCACGACGCGGGUGCCCACGUUUGUGCUGGGCGAUGCGCUGCGGCUGCGGCAGGUGCUGAUCAACCUGCUGUCCAACAGCUGCAAGUUCACCGCCCCGCGGCCACGUGCUCAUCACCGUGCGCACCGCCGCCCCCCAUGACGACCUCGCCGUCCCCGGCGCCCACUUUGCCGACGCCCGCUCCCUCGCCCGCACCUCCCUUGCCCACUCCGACCGCGCUGCUCCCAGCACCAGCGCUGCUGCAGUCACUAACACGCCCAGUGCUGAUGGUGCGGGUGCAGCAGGAGGCGGGUGGAGCUCCACCCCUGCCCCCGCUGGAGGUGCUGCCGCAAGUGCAGAUAUGUUUGCGUCUGCCGCUGCUGGUGGUGGUGGUGCUGGCAAGACCGGCGUGGCGCAUGCAGAUGGUGCACGGGGAGAAGCUCUCAUGGAGCGCCCCCCCCCAGGCAGGCCCGCCUCCGGGCCACCUGCAGUGCACGCCUGCAGCGCCGCACAGCAGUGGUGGGGCUGCGGGCAGGGCGGGGGAGCACGGGGGAGGUGAAGCACAGAGUGGGAUGGUGCGGCUGGUGGUGUCCGUUGAGGACACGGGGCAGGGCAUACCGUGGGCGGCGCAGCCUCGUCUGUUUCGGCCGUACGUGCAGGCGGACAUCAGCACCACGCGCACACACGGCGGCACUGGCAUCGGCCUGUCCAUCUCGCAGCACCUGGUGGCGCUGAUGGGCGGCAAGCUGGCGUUUGUGAGCCGCCCGGGCGUGGGCACGACCUUCUUCUUUGACAUGACGCUGCCCUUUGACAACCCCCCGGACCCCUCCCAUGACGCCCCCGCCUCUGCUGCUUCCUGCUGCCGCCGGCAAGAGGAGAAGUGCCCCCGCACUUGCCUCUCGACGGUGGUGCUGGACGACCGGCCUGUGAGGCGCGCCGUCACAGCCACGUAUCUGCGCCGCCUCAGGCUCAACGUGCUCCUCGCUCGCCGCUGGGAGGACCUCCCCCCACUCCCCGCCCUGCCACUACCACCCUCCCCUCCUGCCCCGCCUGCUCCUGCCACUCCCCCCCAAGCUUACCCAUCCUCCCCGGGCCCACUGGCAGUGGUGGGCGUGGUGUCCCCUGCACUGCCAGGUGUGGCAGCAGGCAGCGUGGCAGCAGCAUCGCUGGCGGGGCAUGAGAGUGGUGUCACGCCCCUCUCUGAUGCCGGGCCAUCUGUUGCCGGGCCAUCUGUUGCCGUGGGAGUCAUGGCAGGCGCAGCCAGCACAGCAGCAGGCAGUGCGGGUGGCGGCGGGUCAGGGCCCCCAGCGGGCACUCCAUCGGGCGGUGCGUUCCUGCUGGUGGACGCGGAGACGCUCGCCCGCCAUGCCCGCGCCUGGCGCCACUCACUGCCCACGCCACCUGCACGCAUGCAUGAGGGAGGGCGGGGCGAGGGAGGCGAGCCUGGGGUGGGAAUGGCAGGCUUGGGCACGGGCAGGGAUGGUGGCGGGGCGGGGGGUGAUGUUGCAGGGGCGGAGGCAGAGGCAGAGGCAGGGGCAGGUGUGGGGCGUGAUGGGGCAGGUGGAGGGGAGUGCGCAGUGCCCAUUGUGCGCGCAGGCGGCGAGAGGACAGCCGUCCUCCCCUCCUCGCUGUGGAGGGCAGGGGACGCGUCCCAACAGUUGUGCGCCCCCCGGGCAGCCUCUGACGGGGCUGCCUCACCCCCUCUCGGCACACUCGCUUCUGCCACCCCCCCCACCCCUGCUGGCAGCGUGGAGAGCCCCGACGGCAGCAGUGGCGCUGGCAGUGACGCCAUGGGAGGUGGGGGCGGGGGAGGCAGCGGCGUGCUGACGAGCGCUGCUGCCAUGGCCACUGCUGCUGCCUUCUGGACCAGCCGACAGCAGCAACAGCCGGGAGGAGUGGAGGAACAGCAGCAACAAGAGCAAGGAGAAAGUAGAGGGAGUGAGAGGGCUGAUGAGGAGCAUCGUGAUGCAGCGGGGGGUGGUGGAAGUAGUGCCCCAGCCAGUGCAGCCUCCAGGGGCACAGGCACAGGCACAGGCACAGGCACAGGCACAGGCACAGGCACAGGCACAGGCACAGGCACAGGCACAGGCACAGGCACAGGCACAGGCACAGGCACAGGCACAGGCACAGGCACGGAUGCGGACACGAGCACGGGGUUGAAGUUGAGUACGGGUAUGGGUAUGGCCAUGGGCAAUGGCAUGGGCAUGGGCAUGGGUGCAUGGCGCAUGGUGCUGCUGGUGCGCGAGCCAAGCAUGGAGAGCGUGGCCGCCCAGGCGGGCUUCCACGCCACGCUGCUCAAACCCAUCCGCCGCGCCGCCCUCGUGGGCGCGCUGCUGCAGGCCGCCAAGCACAGCAGCAGGGGGGGCAGCAGCAGCAGCACACAGGGUGCAGAGGGCGGGCAGGGCACCUUGGGUAGGCGAGGGGAAGGAGGAUCUGAAGGAAGGAGAGGGACAGAAGUGUCAAGUCCCGAGAAUUUUAGGGGCGUGACGGGUGGGGAGCACGAUUACGUGGUUGUGGUGGAUAACGGGGCAGAGGAUGCCUGUGGGGCAGGUGCAGGCGAAGCAGAGAGAUUGGAUGGAGGAGAAUCUGUGGAGUCAGACAUGGCGCUUUCCCCUGUCACGCUCACGGGAAGGAGUGGAAACAAGGAAAUGCGUCUGAAGCAAGUGGAGGCAGGAGAGAGGAGUGGUGGUGAGAGGAGAGUGGCGGUGGACGACAACAUGGUGAACCGCAAGGUGAUAGCCAAGAUGCUGGAGCGAUACAAGGUGCACGUGGUGCCUGUCGUGGGGGGUGCUGUGGCCGUGGCCAAGGUGGUGCCUGGCCACGCCUUCCACUGCAUCCUCAUGGACGUCCAGAUGCCAGGUAUGGACGGAUUCGAAGCCACACGGCAAAUCCGCAGGCAAGAAGCGAAGUACAGGCUCUCACAGACUCCGAUAUUUGCACUUACAGCGGACAUCUUUGCAGGGACUCGGGAGAAGUGCAUCGAGUCCGGCAUGAACGGCUUCUUGUCAAAGCCUAUAGAGGAGGAGCAGCUGUGGAACAAGUCCCUCCUAGCAGCAGAGAAGAGCAUAGUAGCUGUAGGAGCCUCUCGUGGUGACCCUCGCACCCCCAUCUUUGAGGGGUGUUCCCCCUCCCCCCUUUUGCCCUCUGUUGCCUCUGCUGCUGCGGCCGACCUCGUUGGGCUUGAGUCGGUCGGUGCGGCGUCUACCCCUAGCGGGAGAUGCCGCCCUGGCAAGGGCAAGGGGGGCAGGGGCACUGGAGGAGCUAGCGGGGGCGGUGGAGGCGGCGGUGGAGGCAGUGGAGGGGGUGGGGGUGGCGGUUGGGGUGGUGGUGGGGGUGGAGGUGUCGGUGGCGGCGGUGGAGGCGGAGGCGGCGGCGGCGGUGGCGGUGGGAGUGGAGGUGGCGGCGGUGGAGGAGGCGGCGGCGGAGGAGGUGGAGCUGGUCGGGGUGGCGCUGCGCAGAGGGUCGGCUCCGGUGGUGGUCAGCGCCAGCAGCAGCAGCAGCAGCAGCAGCGCACUCGUGACAUCCCCCCUCCUCAGCAGCUCCGUGAGUGGUUCUGCGUCGGCUUCGGCCUCCCACACCUUCACCCUUGA